CCCUCCACAUAUAUCCCUGCCUCCAAAUCUUCCCCAUUUCUUUCCAAAGCAACAACAAAACAAGCUUUCAAUUUCAAACACACAGCGGCCGCCGACAACUCAUCCAUUAUUGUGAAGUUUUUCAGCCAAGCAAAAAACAUGUUGAAGGCUACUAAGGCACCGGAGAGGUCCAACUUCGCUCAGACAUGCAACCUCCUGAGCCAGUACGUGAAGGAGAAAGGAAUGACUGGCGAUUUUAGCCUUGGGAUGACUAGGAAACUGGAGUCUAAAGAAAAACCAGAAACAUCUCCGCCGGUGGCGACCACUAUGGAUUUAUUAACAAACAUGGCAAAUUCAGCUGCUGAGGCUUUGAGACAAAACACUGGGACUCCUUCGAAGGCGCAAUCCACGGAUUUUCUUCAACAGUUUGGUUGCUUCGAUCCCUCAAACUCGAGCGACGUCGCUUCUAAUAAGCCUGAUUUCAGGUAUGCAGACAUGAAAUCGGCGAUCAAGGAGGCUGCAACAGCCCAGAUGACUAUUUUUUACGCCGGUCAAGUACUAGUAUUCAACGACUUUCCGGCCGACAAGGCAAGGGCGAUCAUGGCUUUGGGCAGAAAGGGUAGCUCUUAUAUUUCUGGCAUAGACAAAGUAAAUUCCGGAAGCUUUAUUGCUCCUGCUGCAUCGAAUAUUGCAGCCACGUCUCAAAGAAAUCCCACCCAAGAUAUUGGUUCUGAUUUGCCAAUUGUAAGGAGAGCUUCACUUCACCGGUUCUUGGAGAAGAGGAAGGAUAGGGUGGCGGCAAAAGCACCAUAUCAAGUCAACCCACCUUCCCAAGCUCCUCCGAAGCCCAAGGAAAGCAAUCCCUGGAUUGACCUCGAAGGCCAAUCUUCAAAACUGCUCGAGCUUAAGUUAUAAUGACCACCUCACCAUUUCCGAGGACCUCCAUAUAUGGCGGCUUAAAAUUCCUAAUUAUACAAUUGCUAGGCCUUGUGUACUUUUUUUUUCCCCUCAAUUAUUUAAUAAAUUUGUAUAUACUAUUCAUCAAAUAGAUCCAGCAAUAUCUGAAUA